UCUUAAACUUUACUUUGUGACAUUUUAACGUGAUGUACCUACAUUUUGUUAUAAACUACCUAUAUCAAAUAGGUACUUGCUGUUCGUUUUCUGUUUCUAUGCGCACUGCGCACCGUUCAAUAUUUCAAUAAUAGCUGUUGCUGCGGAGCGGAACUAUAUACAUUCAGCAUUGAUUUGCACAUAAAACAACACGUUUGUAGAACUGCGAGACACGAAAGCGAAAGUAGUGUGCGUACAUACUUAUGUCAGUGAACGCAUCGCUUGACUGGAUUUUUAUAUUGGAGCGUAAAUAAAUACUACAUGUACAUCUACGGCGACCUUUUCACCUAUCUAGCGAAGAGAAAUGAAUGACUUGUAAUAAUACAUUGUCAAGGACACACGUGUUUGACAGGAGUUAAAACUGGGUUGACAGGAGUUAAAACUGAUACUUUAGUAAACGAAAUCAUUGAAUUGAAUAUUGAAACAGUUUGUUAGGAUGGCAGAAUUCGUGAAAUCGCUCAGGGUGCCGGAUCUUAAAAUGGAAGUUUCUCUGUUUAUGUUAAAGCACCUUCUUCCAUUGCCAAUUGUUAGAAGAUCGUACAAACUGCGGCUUUACUUGGAGCAAACGAAAAUGAAAAUCAUAGAACGGAAACGGCUACCGCCAGAGUUAAGUGACGUACUGUUUAUUGGAAGUCAAAAUGAAGGUUUAUCCGUCACCGUCACGGAAAUUGAUGGUGGAGACGCAUUCUGUGCCACGUCGGAUUAUGACACUAUGCCAGUAUUAAAACAAUAUCGAGCAAAAAAUAUAUCCGAAAGUGAUUCAACAUCGAACGAAAGUGAAGAAGUGAAUAUACUGGAAAUGUGUGAAGCCAGUCAUCCGGGUUACUGUAGGUUAAGGUCGAAGGCAACUGGUAAAUUUGUUGGAAUGCGUUUUAAUCCGGACUGUUCGGGGAAAGUGGAUAUAUUUCACGAUGGUGUUCAAGUUGGAGAAACGAAUGUUCCCUAUGCCGACGUUAUUGUAGGUUUCUCCGACAAACCUGAUACUGUUGAGAUAAAGACAUAUAUUCAUGGUCCAGCAAUUGCAUGUACAAAGAUUCAGACUCACCCUGGAAAUAUUACACAGACAGGAAUAGAGACAGAUGUGGUGUUGUCAAUCAAAUGUCAGUCAUGGCCGAUUGUCGCAUUAGAAUGGUUCAAACGACAAGAAACGAAGUCGAGUGAAAGUGAUUGGCCAAGCCAUGAAACAAAAGAAAAUAUGAAAUCCACCGAAUGUUAUGUGGUUGCUGUACCCCACCAACUUAGUCCUAACCCUACAGAAGAAUGGCGGUAUUCUUUCGCACCAGUGGAGAAAGUAUUAGCUCGAAGCUUAACAUAUGCACAGAAAGGAAGUUAUAUCAUUGCUAAAAUGUUAUUCAAAACAGCUUUACAAAACAUCGAUAAAGUGUCGUCAUACUGUUUAAAGACGCAAAUGUUCUGGUUAUGCGAAGAAGAAUCUUCAUCUGCUUGGUCAUAUGAUCAAGUGGGUUAUUACGCUCUUGAAGUUUUGUCAAAAUUAGCUAAAAACCUGAAAAAUGGAGUCGUUCGCCAUUAUAUAAUUCCAGAAAACAACAUCGUUAGCCACAUACCUGCAUCAACUCUACAGGAAGUAUCGGAAACUUUAUCAGAACUCGUCUGCAACCCGUUUCCGGUCAUGGAGAAAAUCAGACGAACUACCAAAUAUUUUGGAAUCAUACUACAUCCGCAUGAAGAAAGUUUUCUGCCAGUCUUAAAAUUGCUGGAGCAACAAACUGCAGACGACAAUGAAAUUAAAGAUCGCUUUCAUGCUUCAAAAUUGGCAAUUAUGGGACACUAUUGUUCUAUGUUAAAGAAGCCAAUCGUGAACAAAGUUCAAGAAGAAUUUUCAAAGCUGAAAUUUGCUCUUUUAAUGGACAUUGCUGAAGAGAUUGGAAACGAUUCAGACUCUGCAGAAACAGCUGACGAUAUGAUAGCUAAAAUAGCAAAUGAAUUGUCGAAAUACACGGAAGAAAAUGUUAAAAGAUGGCAUGUAUUUGUUCAGGAAUACUGGAAAUCGGUGGACAAUAUAAAGUCGGAAAAUGUUGAACAGAUGUUAACUACCACCUCUGAUGGAAUACAAAAAGUCGAGGCCUUUUAGAAGAUUCGUAUGAUGUGCGAGGCUGUUUAAAUCUAGAUAUAAAAACAAGUUAAAAGAUUUCUUGCGGCCAGAAGUUAUAUAGACCAGAAAUUGUUAUGGAUGUAUGUGUGACCACUCAGCCUAAAAAAGUAACUUAUUGGGGAAUAACGUGCUUGUGUGUGUGUUUUUUUAAAUUAUACAAUUACGCUUAAAUGUAGGAAAUAUUACCCCAUUAUACAUGAUUUACAAGUAUAUCUAUGAAAUAUGUUUUUCUAAAUUCUGAAAGUUAUUGUUUUGAGCAAAAAUAACUUUUGGCUCAACUGGUCACAUUCCUUGACUAUUGAAAUACUACACUAGAGCGAUCACAAAUUUGAGUCAUGCCUUCUCCUGGACUUCGUUGACAUACUAAGUAUAGAACAAGGCAACACAGGACCAUAAUCCAGGAAAUUAAAAUCCUUAUGCACAACUAGGUAUCAAUACUGAUCAUAGCUGAAAGUUUGAAUAAAUUAUAUGAAAUAAUGAAUGAAGACUUUAGGUCACAAACAUUGCUCUAUAUAUCAUAUAGAGUGCCGGCUAUAUUGCAGAAACGGCGUUCCAUAAAUGCGAUAAGCCAAUCGCAUAUCGGUAAAAAGUCACGUGAAAUCACCCAGUCCCCAUGUGCUACACUACUUGUUGCAUUC